UAUUGAGCUAACUGUGGUUGUCACAGUACUAUUCCUUAGGUCUCUGGGAGAGAAAGUCAUAGCAGAGCUAAUAGCAGAUGCAACAGUAAUUUUAUUAGUAUCAUAUUGCAGUGGAGAGAGCAGUAAUAAAUUAUCAGAUGCACUCGACUCACAAGCCACAGAUUCCCCGCGGGAUGAAGCGUUACAUGCAUUUCUGCAGAUUGAAGCAGAAAACACUCCAGGAGACAGCAGGCUGCUGCAGCCCAGGGACAAGCCCCAAGCAAGGGAAGGAGUCAUUGAGUGGGGGAAAAAAAAAGAAAAAGAAGAGGGAAAGGAGGACAGAAAGCACCUGGAAGGUUGACUCAUCUCCAGCACUAGCAGAGAUGGCUCAUAGGAACAAGGACACUCCAUCCAAGUUCAGAUGCUCUAAGAAGAAGGCUGCUGAGGAGCCUGUGGUUACAGGCCCCAACAUGGACUCUCUGGGCUUCCAGGCUAUGGACAGCAACAUUCCCGGUCUGUCACAGGUCAUCCUGAGAAAGCUCAACAUGAAGAGCUAUGACGAAUACAAGUCAGCCAUGGACGGGAAGAAAGGGAGGACAGAUUUUGGGAUCCGAACAUAUUUUGACAUGUUUAAAAAGAUGGAGGACACCUUCAAAUUCUGUGUGGAGUGCAAGAAACUCCCUGAUGCUCUUCCUGACUCCAAAAACCUGCGUCGAUGCAAGAGGUGCCAGAAUGUGUACUACUGCAGCCCUGAGUGCCAGCGGGCCAACUGGCCUGUGCACAAAAAGUUCUGCAAAAAGCUCAAGUUGGUAGCCCUUGACCGGCUGGUGGAGUGGCUCGUCUUCACAGGUGAUAUUCCUUUCCCCACGGAGACCUGGACUAAGCGCAUCCAGGAAGUAAAAGGCUGGGAAGACUGGUUUGCCAUGCAGGAGCACCUGGAUGAAAAGCUGGGUGCUGUACUAACAGGGCGUUACAUGACCAUCCUCUGGGCCAAUGCUGGGAAGCCAAAGCCAGAGGAGGGAGAGCUGCUGGAGUCCAUCAAGCGGCUGACCUCAGAUUUCCAGUCCCGACCAAUCACCAUUGGCUUGGGGCUCCAUGCUUUCAGUAUUGACCCCUAUGCCAAGCCCAUCACUGUGCAUGUGGCUGGGGCUUCCCACAUCGAGACCCUCAACACCCGGGUGAUAGAUUAUGAUGAGAUCACACAGAUAUUUCCUGGGCACCAGGGCAUUGAGGUGGUAAUGGUUGGAGUGGAUGUAGUUGAUGGAUCCAUCAUGAGACCUCCUCUGACAGCCUUUGGACCCAGGGGUAGAGUCUACCUCAGCAGCUAUAAAGGCCUCUAUCAUGACUUUUGGGAAUCCCAAGUAGAAACUCAGCAGGCUGCACGUCCGGACCUUGUGGUGGGCUUUCAUCCAGGGUUCCAUGCCUGCCAGGACCUGAUGGAAGGCUGGCUCCCCACCCUGCUGCUGCUGCGGGACUACAAGAUCCCCACCCUCUUCACCAUGUACAAUGAGCAAGAACUAAAGUCCUCCCUGAAGAUCCUGAUGGAGUUGGAAACCAACAUCACAGGCUGUGGAGCCAACCCCUUUGCCUCCCUCAAACCCGAGCAGGUCUACUCCUGCCCCAACAAGCCACCCGUCUACUGCAGCUCCCACUACAUCAUGUUCCAUGGGCUGUCCAGCCCCCCGUAUGAGCCUGAUAUUGGGGAGCUGGAAGAGGAAGAGGACAAAGGGGAAUAGAGAAGAAAUGCUCACGCCUGCUUGGUAUCAAGCAAACAAGGCACUUCACUGCCCCUAGACAGACCCUGCUAUGCCACCUCCAACCCCUGCCUCCAUUCCUCUGGCUUGGCUGCAUUCAGGGCCAGUGCUCCCCUCUCAGCUUGGGCAGCAACCCCAACAGGUAGCAGCUUUUCAUGGGGCCCAGGGAGGGGAACCUGGCUGCACUGGCUGCUCUUAUAGCUGCCUCCUUCAGCAAUACAGGGGUCUGAGGGACACUGGAGAGAGCAAGCUCUCUUGGCUAGGCCUCAGAGCUGACCCCCACCCCAAACCACCACAAUGAACAAUGGGAGAGAGAGAAACCAAGCACUUGCCUGAGCAGGGCUGCAAGCAUUUAGCAAGCACCAGAGUCUGUUGCAUUACCAGUGCUGGCUCAGCCCACUCUCACCUUGUGGUGGUGGCUGCCCAUUACCAGUGCAGUGCUGUCACAGCUAUUUGCAGCGUAUGUGGUAGCAGAGAUGUGAGAAGUGGUGUUCACAGAAAAGACCCUGCCUGCUACUGCUCACUUACCACAGCUCCGCAACAGACUUGCCAAGGGCACUUCCCAUCGGUCACCUGUCUGCUGGGAGUUGAAGUGUGGAGAGCAGCCCUCUUGUUCUUUCCUACAGGCUCUCACUUUGCUAAGAGCCUCAACACUGUCCCUCUGACUGAAUGGCAGAGGGCAGCAGUUUUCCUGUAUCCCUGGUUUUUGGGACAAAAACAUAGCCAUAGCUAUCAGCUCUCCAGGGCUUGCCCUAUCUAGCUCAGAGCUAGCCAAGUGAGGUGGAAACAUUUGUCCCAGCUCACCUGUGGUUAUGAGGAGGGUUUUCCAUUCAGCAGACCUCUGCAACCAGGCUCUCACCCCCAGUAGCUAGAGACAGGACAUCUGUCCCAGACCUAGUGCCUCUAGGUCUGCGGUUCCCAAACUCUGACAGAUUGCGCACCACCAAUU